GCCAAUCGUGUGGCUUCACAUCUCUUACCCGUUAAACUUCUUACUGUAUAUUCAUAGCGACCCGCCAUGCAGCCCAAAUUCUGCGUAGAGGUCGUGAGUGACGACGACUUCCCCGAGCUGUACAGGGCGCUCUGGGAAGCCUUUGAGAAUCCUUACCAAGGCAUCGUCCGCUUAUUUUUUCCCAUCCACAACAAUGAUCGCGAGGGCAGUCUCAAGGCAUGCGUCAAGGCUCAACUGGAGGAGUACCACAAAGAGCAGCCGCAUGUAACCUGGAUCAAAGUCGUGGAUACGGAAGCCAACAAGAUCGCCGCGGCUGCCAAAUGGUACUUUUACCCCGAGGACCCUUUUGCGAAACAGGAGGGCCCGACUGUGGCGGACUGGUUCCCCGAGGGAGUGACGAGGGAGUGGGCGACGCAGGCAGUCAGGCAGUUUGAGCAUCCGCGGGAGAGCAUGGCCCGACGACCCCAUGCUUUUCUCCACAUUGCGUUUGCCCUCCCCGAGUAUCGCGGCAAGGGCCUCAGCCAUCUCUUCAUGAGAUGGGGGGUGGAGAAGGCCGACGAGCUGGGCGUGGAAGCGUGGCUAGACGCCUCGGAGUUUGGAGCGCCCGUUUACAAGAAGUAUGGCUUUCGAGAGGUUGUUUCCAAUAGCGUGAAGCCGAUUCCGACGCGCAAGUUGUCCGAUGAGGAGCAAAAGGAAUGGAUGCACUGUGAGGAGACUUUCCUGCCCAUCGAUGAGAGGGUGAUGUGGCGUCCUGUUUUAGGCAAAUAUGUCGAGGGAGAGACGCCAUUGGCGCGGCUCGAUGAGACAGAGCAGGUCUAGGAGGGAAGCGAAUUGAAAUGGGUCAAGUAAAUAUUAUAGAUGCGCCUCGUUUAAGUUACAUAGCUUUUUCAAAUCUGUACAGAAUCACGGCGGAACGAAUUCAUUGCUUUUGAUAGCUGCAUCCC